AUGUUCAAGCUAUUCUUCACCCUCGUUACGCUGUCCAACGUGCUCGUAUGGGCUCAAACCACAUUCGAUUGGAACUCGUUAGCUCCAAGCCCGACACUCAACUGGACCCCUUGCUACUCCGGCUUACAAUGCGCGCUAUUCCAAGUUCCUAUCGACUACACUUUUCGCGACAAGCGUAACAUUUCAAUCGCUGUUGCCCGGUAUCGAGCCACCGUUCCGGCCAAGGAAUACCGCGGUCCGAUUUUCUUCAAUCCAGGAGGGCCAGCUAACAGCGGGGUGGAGAGCAUCGUCUCUUCUGGUGCCGCUUUCGCUGAAUUCUUGGGGGCACAUUUUGAUAUCGUUGGGUUUGACAUUCGAGGUAUUGCAAACUCGAGACCCUCAAUUUCACUCUUCGAUACGCCAGCCGAACGCGCCUCAUACCUCCCCGACGACCUCAGUAUCCGCAUGCGUCCACUAGAUGCUUCCGACGACACGCUUACUGCGCUGUGGGCGCGAAUGCAGCUGUUGGGUCAGAGGGCCCAAGCAUAUGACAAACCUCAGGAUUACCUGAAAUAUUUUACCACGGAUUAUAUUGCAACAGACAUGCUGCGCUUGACCGAUGCGUUCGGCUUUCCCAAAUUGAAGUAUUGGGGUGUUUCAUAUGGAUCGAUAUUGGGACAAACUUUCGCCACUCUGUUUCCGGAUAAAGUUGAGAGGCUUGUAGUUGACGGCAAGUUCGCUUCUUGGGCAAUCUGGACGGCGAGGCGUGGUUUGGAGGUUUGCUCCGUGUUUCUUCUUCUGCGAGACCCAUGGAUGACAAUUUUUUGUCCAGCAAACCUCACUGGGUCAAUGACCGACACCGACCACGUGCUCCAGACGUUUUUCGACGAUUGUUUCAAAGCUGGUCCUUCCGAAUGUGCAUACUAUGACUCCUCUCCUGCCAAAAUUGCAGCGAAUUUGAAAGCUCUCGAAGAGAGACUUCGUCGCCAACCGAUAUCCGUGCUCACACCCACAUCGCAUGGCGUUGUCGACUACAGCUUUCUCCGGGUUUUAACGUUCGCUAAUCUUUUAGGCCCUAGUGACUGGCCUAAUUUUGCCCGACUGCUUGCGCAAAUAUCUGCGGGGAACGGGACAGAGGCAUACACUCAAAAGCAAGUGCCGACGUUCCAGUGCUCGCAGAAGGAUGUUUACACGCUCUUCCAAGCAACAAUCGGCAUGGCUUGUAGUGACAUGCGGCCCGUCCAUGACACCAUUCCCGAACUCGAUGCAUUCCGCAAAAACGAAGCAAAGCUGUCAGGCUACGGGAAUGUUUGGGCCAACUGGCGGGUGUGGUGCAGCGGGUGGAAGAUUCAUCGAGAGGGCAAAUUCACCGGCCCGGUGGGUGCCAAAACAAGCUUCCCACUUCUCAUCAUCGGCAAUACUUUUGACCCGUCAACUCCUCAUAUGUGGUCUCAGAAAGUAUCGACACAGUUCCCUGGUUCGGUGCUCCUGACUAACGACGGUUUCGGUCACACUUCUCUCAUCGCGCCGUCAACAUGCACUCACAAGGCUUUGGGAGCAUACUUCCAAAACGGAACACUGCCUGCUAAAGGAACUAUAUGUCCUGUCGACUUUGAGUUGUUCCCUGGUAUCAAAUCAAAACAGAGGAGGUCUGAGGAGGAUGCAAGGCUGCUCCGUGCAAUUAGUACCAUCCGGAAGGCCGUCCCAGACCAUGUAUGGUGGUAG